AUGCCUAUGCAUAAGAUACCUAACUUUGCGUUUGGCACGGUUGCACGCCGUCACGUCGUUCGAAUCUUCCUGCCGCGUCUGUGGCGACAAGGCGAGGAUCCCAUUGUCACUCCUCUCCACUUGGCGCGCAUCUACAACCGCGUCGUCUUGCCCCUCGUGAAAGAGAUGUUCCCCAACGAGGCCACCCACUGGCCUGCGAGCUACCGAGGGGCAGAGCUCCUCGCACAGACGUGCGGACAGGGCGGUUUUGCACGGAUGGGCUACGACGUCCAGCCAGACCGACUGGCUGAGUUCGGCGAGCGGGUCUUGGUGAGGCUAGGAGAGGUUGACCAAGCCUAUCGGAACGCAUACUUUGGGCACGAGCUACGCGGUUACAAGGGUGCGACGGCGCACAAUCCGGACGAAGAAGAAGAACGGGAGGGGUCAUUGGAAACGAUGCUGUCCGUGCUGGAUCGGGAUCAGGUGGAUGAGGAUCGGUGGUACAUCGACGUGGCGAUGGAGUUCGGUCGACGGGGGCAUGUGGUGACGUGGGCUUCGCGUAGUCAUGCGGAGAUCCUGUUGGCGAUUUGCCCGGGACUGCGCCGCGAGCAUGUCGAGCGGCGGAUGAAGUCGAAGCAGUACCAUCUCGACCGACUUAGCCACUUGCUGGAGGUGGCAGGAUUCCGCGCAGAGAUGGAGUUCUGGGGUCGCAAGGAGGUGCUAUGGGCUCAAUGUUAUACCACCGACAAGGCGGCGAGUGCACAACUGCACAACGGUAUCUUCAAGACAAGGUGGCCAUCGGAGCUAUUGAAGGAAUCGGAGCUGGAUAGGUUGCUGAGGGAUAUGGUGAAGAUGAGUGAGAUGUUAGCGAUAUGUGCGGGGAAGGGUGAGGUGGAGGAGGGAGUGGAAGCUACCGCUCAGGAUGCAUGCGCCCGCGUGGAGGUCAGAGUGACGCUGGCGCAAGCGCUCACGGACUUGGUUGAUUUGCCGGAUGGUCUGCUGGAACGGGGUUUGCUGCAGAUACCGAGCUGGCAAUGGUGGUAA